CCUCAAAACAGCCAACCAAUCACCAUGAACUCCUUCGUAGUCUUCGCCUGCCUGAUCGCCUGCGCCUACGGUGCGCCCGGACACAUCGCAGUGGCCCCAGCAGUGGUAGCCGCCCCAGUGGUCCACGCUGCCCCGAUAGCCGUACACCCAGUGGCCACCAGCUACCACAACACCUACCGUGCACCGGUUGUCAAGGCCCUUCCCGUCGUCCACGCCGCCCCGGUCGUCGCCACCCACACCGUCGUCAAGACCGCCCCGAUCGUCCACGCCGCCCCAGUGGUUCACGCUGCCCCAGUCGUCGCCCACGCCCCGGUUGCCGUAGCCCACGCUGCCAUCCCCGUUGCCGCCACCAGCUACGCGCACACCUACGGAUACAAGACGGCCGUGUCUCAUCAUGCCCCAGCUCUCAUCAAGACUGCCCCCGUCCUCGUGCACUAAGGAUGUUGUUAACAAUGUGAUGUUUUGCGCCGAGAAGAUCUGGCCCGGCGUGCCGUCCUAUUAAUUUAUUAUCAAUAGACAGAUUUUUUAUUAUGAUAAGCUUAUACAAUAAA